CUCCUCUGUAGGACCAGAAGGAAACGCAGCAGCGAGAGGGAAACGACCCGCAGCAGCUGUAUAAACACCAGCCUCGGAGGUUUUAGCGCCUACACAACUCGUGUGCUCGCAGCGGGCUCCCCAGCACGUUUUACCCCAGCAGCAGAGAGCGGAACUUAGGAACGAUGCAGUCCGGGUACCACCAGCACCUGAUCAGCAUGCUGUUUGUUUUCAGCAGCCUGCAGGUUUACCAGCUCACGGAGGGCUGCUCUUGCGCGCUGUCGCACCCACAGGACGCCUUCUGCAACUCCGACAUAGUGAUCCGAGCUAAAGUGGUGGGCAAGAAGCUCCUGAGCGAUGGACCUUUUGGAACAAUGAGAUACACGGUCAAGCAAAUGAAGAUGUAUAAAGGAUUUGACAAAAUCCAGCACGUGCAGCACAUUUACACAGACGCCUCCGAGAGUCUCUGUGGCGUCAAGUUUGACAUCAACAAGUAUCAGUACCUGAUCACAGGUCGCGUGUACGAAGGCAAGGUCUACACUGGACUCUGCAACUUCAACGAGGGAUGGGAGCGCUUGUCGCUGGCGCAGAAGAAAGGCUUCAACCAUCGCUACCAGCUGGGCUGCAACUGCAGGAUUAAGCCCUGCCACUACCUGCCGUGCUUUGUGACCUCAAAGAACGAAUGCCUGUGGACGGACAUGUUGUCCCACUUUGGCUAUCCCGGCUACCAGUCCCGACACUACGCCUGCAUCCAGCAGAAGGAGGGCUACUGCAGCUGGUACCGGGGCAUGACCACCCGCGAUAAAACCGCCAUCAACGCCACUGAUCCCUGAUUGCAAAGGCCGAUGCCCGCAGUCGCCCCUACGGGCGUCCGUCCUGUCCAGGAUCACUUUUGGAGUGUUGCAGAACUCAAAGAUUACUGGCCUUGGUAACAGCCUCCCUUUUAAAGAGGCAUAAAUGAUUAAAAAGAAGAGAAAAUAUAUGACAGUGCCUGUUUGUAGCACAUCUAAUUGAAAAAGAAAGCUUUUUGUUGUACAGAAUGCCCUUUAACUCUUCAAUGUUUUUCAUGCUCAACAAUCAACACAAUCCAAUCACAAAGACGGGUUUCUUUAUGCUCCCAAGGCAUUUAAUAAGAGAAGCCUGUGGCUAAUUGAAACGAUUAAUCAUCUUCUAAAUUCAAAAGAACUCCAGACUACAGGCACACAGUUAUGAUCUAGGGUUAGGGUUCUGUUGUGUCAUCAGUGCUGCUUAGAGCUCACUAGCAUCACUGCCAAUCAUCUCCAGAACAAAGAUGCUUUUGUGCCAGUAUGUGAGGUAUGAUGUUUAAUAUUUGAUAUGUUCAGAGUUUUUUUUUACUGUAGAAUCUCUGCUUCCCUGAAUGUUUUUUUUUUGACUUAUUUAACUGUUUGUCACAAACGGCGCCCCCUCUCUGUUGUGCACUGAUUAUUAAUAGAUACGUUUUAAAAGCAAUGCAGUGCCAGUGCUGAGGUACACUCUCUUCUUUGCAAAGGUUAUAAUAUUUAAGUUGUUGCUUUAUAUAACAUAAGCUACAGAAAUUAACUCACACUCAAUCUCUUUAAUUACAUGUAUUUAUGUCUAUUAAGUUACACAUGUGAUACUUGUGCAUACAAGAAGGAAAUAUAUAUAAUAUAAGGCCAAUCUAUGUUGAAAUGGGUAGAAAAUUAUUUUUGAAUUGUCCAAAUUAGGACAUUCCUUUGCAAGUUUAAAUAUUAUGGUACUUUUAAUUAUUUCAGUUCCCCCUGGCUGGUACUACUCAACCAAUCCAAUGAAAGUUCGUAGGUUUCAGCUCCUUUCCAAGUUUAUAUUCAAUCAUCUUUAUUCAGCUAUUUUAAAUAGAUGUUUUAUUUAAAUGAAGUGUUUUCACAAAUUUCAUCUGUUUUUGAUUUCCCCUUCAAUUCAUUCCAUUAGCAGAUGCAGAUUAGCCACAACGGGAGUAACAGCCUUCUUCACUUUUACUAAAACAUGCACCAAAACUCUUAUGAUCAAUUUGCAAAAUAUAUUUUCAUUUCUAAAAAAAAUAAAAAACAUGUAUUUGUUAAAUGUUACUGAUAAAUAUAUGGCUGCUUGAUACCAGUUUAUAUGAUAAAACAGUUUUUAUGCUAAACACGAAGCUAAAGGCAGCUUAGCUGACAUGCUACUGUUGGCUAAUGUCAGCUUUUACUCAGUAGUAAUAAAAUCCUUGUAUCAGUAAAUAUAAAGCUCACAAAAAAUGUAAUAUAUAAUUUAUAUGAUAUAAAUAGUUUCAGUAUGAUUUUUUUUCCUCGAGUGAUUUUCUGCACUGGGCAGAAAAUAUUUAGAUUUUUUUUUCUAUGUCUUCUUUUUAAAUUUUAUAAAUUAGAAAUAAUUUUUUUAAACAAAAAGUGGUUCAGUUCAAGAUUUAUAGCUAUUAUGCUAGAGCCUGCUGAUGUUCUAAAGGCAAGUCCUAUCUAUCCCAAUGUGUCAUAAUUCAAAAAUGAGAAUGCCUACAAGAAAAGAAAAAUAAACUUUAAAAAAUAUAUAUUUUUAAAGCCAUUAUUGUUUUUCUGGGUGAAGAAGGCAUUUUCACUUCCAGUUGUGAUAUUUCUGUGGUUUAUGUUUGUGUAAAUGUACUGUUUGCUUAACAUAGAAAAAUGGUUGGAUAUGAUCUUAAAAGAACAAACAAAAAAACCUACAACCAAGAGUCUGUGUAAACACUGAUUCCUGAAUUGUGUGGGAGGAGGGUUAUUUCUUUGUAGGGGUAGAGAAUUAUGACUUAAUUUCUGUGUUUUAUAUUUUUGUAAUAAAGAUUUAAUGAAAAAUAAA